UUCAAAACACAAGAAAUGGCCAGACGACAAAUUACGCAUGCGCAGUAGUCGGCGCUUUAAAACAAGUCUUGAGGAGGGAACAUGAAGGCAGUUGCAGGUGGACUUCAAUAACAGGCGGAGCUGCUGCCAAGUUCUCACUGCUGCGGUUGAAAUGCACCGCCGGGGCGCCGCAGGAUGAGAGACUGGUCGCCGUGUUCGCCAUGACUCUGAGGUCCACGCUGUUUCCAAACACGGGUUUCAAGCAGGACACGGACUCCACCGACAAGCUUCAUUUCGGGGCCGCCGCGGGCCUCAAGAGGGAGUCCGGCGGCUUUGUCUCCGAUGUCCACAACGCACGCGGGGCGGAGAUCCCGAGCAGAUCCAGGGACUUAAAGCAGCAUUACAUGAGCAGCAAAGUUUCCCUCGCAGCCACGGUUGCAGGAGUAGUUCAAGGAGACAAUAAGACUGUGGGGGCGUUGUCCCCUGUGAGACAAAUGGGGGGUGAGGGAACCCCAGUGAAAGGUAAACCCCUCUCUGCCGACACUAUGGAUAACCCUCAGAUGGCUCUCAACAACAACCCCAAGGAUGCAGGCGCGGAUGAAAGCGUGAAGGGGGUUGUCCCCGGGGUCCUCGGCACGGCAUCCAUUGAACUGUCCGCCGAGGGCAAGUGGAGGAACAUUAGAAAGACGCCUGCCAAUCCCCACACGCAGGCCAACUGCCUCCGGCAGAUCCUCCUCCUCCAACUGGACCUCAUUGAGCAACAGCAACAGCAGCUGCAGUCCAAGGACAAAGAGAUAGAUGAGCUCAAAUCAGACAAGGAGACGCUUCUUGCGCGCAUUGAGCGCAUGGAGCGUCGCCUGCAGCUAACGAAGAAGGACCCGCCACGCGACAAGCGCCUCUUCCAGCCCCUGGAGCCGUGGACCCCCGACAAAGAGGACCUGUGGGAUCUGGAUCCCGAGGAGGGUCCGCAGCCCAACGCAGCCACGUCACUCCUGUUCAGUCGGGGUGGUAAAGGUCAAAAGAGGAAGUCUUGCUUUGGAGAGGCAAAAGUCCAGAAGUCACGAGGCAAAAGCGCCAAGCUCAGCCCCCAGAAAACCGAAAGUCAGCCCGGCUCUCCGAACCAGAGAGAGCUGCGCAGCAAAGAAACCCCCGAGAAGACCCUUCCCAUGAGAUCAGGGUCGGAAAGGGACCUCAUGCUCCCGUGCAAAGAGGAGCCCGGGCUGAGUUACCAGAUCGAAGACCUGCCUUUCAUGUCUACUACAGAGAUGUACCUCUGUUGCUGGAACCAACCUCCUCUUUCGCCUCUGCGUGAGACUUCCCCUAAAAAGGAAGAAGAGGUGGCCAGUGAGUGGACUCCUCAUGUAGUACAUGAUAUGCUGAUUGUUUUUCCUUCAUGGAGAGAAAAUCCCAUCGAGCCUCUGGACGAGGACCCGUCCUUUAUUCCCCCCGAGCCGCUGGAUGACAACGUGUUCUUGAAACGCCACUCGAAGCUGGAGUUGGACGAGAAGAGGAGGAAAAGGUGGGACAUCCAGCGAAUCAGAGAGCAGCGCAUGUUUCAGCGUCUUCAGCAGCGGAUGAACAGAAAGAAGGUCGUCCCGGAAAUGGAGCCGGAGCUCUCGUCCUUCUACCCAGACACUGAAGACGUUGAAACGAUUGUGAUCACUCCCUUCUUGCCCGUGGUUGCAUUCGGCCGGCCGUUGCCCAAAGUCUCACAACAGAACUUCGAGUUGCCCUGGCUGGACGAGCGAAGCCGCUGUCGCAUCGAGGUGCCCAAAAAACACACUCCUCACCGGACGUGUCGGAAGUGAAGCCCGGAGAGAUGUCGCUCCACGCUCUGAUUAGAAAAUGCUAUAUUUGUCUUGCCUGGUGUGUGUGGGGGUGGGAUGGGACAAGGUGGGGGGGGCAUGUUGCUGCGCAAGCCUGCUGUCGCUUUCAGUCUGAAGUCCCUGAGUGUCACCGCUGAUCUCCUGCCGACUAUUAUACAAGCACGGGAGACGGCUCUUGGGUCUCUGGGGGAGAUUGAAAUGCAACCAGAUUAGUCGCGUGUGAGCCGCUUCUGAAGACGCCUCAGCAGUUUAGGGACAGUUACGUGCAUGUUCUGUAACAACGUUUAAAAUGCAUUUUGUAGCAGCUGGAUUUAAAGGGAGGAAGUGGACUCUGUGAUCGUUUAAAAGUCAAGCUGCCGCACAUUAUCGCACUGGUCGUCCUGCCACACUCGUUCCUCACGCCUGCGGGGAGGAACCAUAUCAAACCCAGAGUGUGUCGUGCUGCGUGUUGCCUUUUUUAUUGUUGUUCGCACACAGCCUGAAUUAAAAUGUAUUCGAUGUUUGGUGUGUUUGCGCCACUCGGCAUGAUUUCCUAAUCACCAAACGCCAUUCUAGUUCAAUACAACGCGAGGGGAAACUUCACAAAAAGCACCCGAAUAGUUUUUUUCCGGAAAAGAAUGCAGCGGAUAAUUCGCCGUGGGAAAACCCAGAGUUCAGGUCUAGUGUUUGUUUUUUAAGCGUGAGUUGCAUGAACUCUAUUUAACAGUUUCUAAAAUCAAACAUGCUAGCAUGGCUUCGCCCCUCGAAUGGAGAAGAACCCUCUGCUGCCCAAAAAAAACAUGCAAACUAACGUUGUAAGCAUGGCCGCCUUCUGAUCUAUAAAAGUACACACUCAGAUCUCUGCGGCGCGCUUUCAUGCAGUGAAUAUUAGCAGUCGUGUGUCUGGUCUCACGUUAUCUGACCGUAUAAAAGGCGACCGUUUUAGACGACAAGCUUCGUAGCCAUAGUUCUGUAGAUGUUCAGCAGUUUGCUCUUUGAUGUGCUGCCGGUUAUUCGCUCCCGUCGCGGCUUUUUCCAUUUCUUUAAACGCGCGCGGCUCUCUGCAGCCUCAGCUCUUACACCGCCUGGUGAAAUGCAAAGUUCAGUUUUUAUUUCUUUCAUUUAAUGUACAUAGCUUCCAGAAACAAAUGUACAUAAAACAUGGCUGUUAUUUUUUUAUUAUUUAAUGUUGAGUACAUUCAAUAUUGUUCUAUGAUUGUAUGUUGACAAAUUGACAGUUUUGAAAGUUGCAUUCUUUUGGAAUAAAAUUAACAUCUAUGAUA